GACUGAGGGAGAGAGAAGAGAAGAGCGCAUUUGCUUUAUUUUUGAAAAAAACGCUCUCAAAUUUCAAAUUUCACUUCAACGUUCGUUUCUUCUUCACAAUACAACAAUCCAAACCCUAACAUUUUCCCAAACGCGAUUUCCCAAAAUCGAUUCCUAACAUAAUCCAUUCUACGAAGCACUUCAUGUCUUCCCGGAACCAGAAUCGGGCACCAAGCCCCUCCAACAUGCAGAAAAAAGGGGGAGGUGCUGAAGAAAAUAAGCGUAGAAGGAUUGGUGGUGAAAGAAUGGUCGUACAGGGUAGAGGUAGGGCUCCAUUAGGUUCACUCAACAACAGAUCAGACGCUAAUGAUGGUGCCGGUGGCGGUGCAACCGAGGGAUCUGAGCCAAGCAUCAUUGAAUUCACCAAAGAGGAAGUAGAAGCUUUAUUGACUGAGAAGAUGAAAAAGGGGAAUCCCCUUGAUACUAAGAAAAAAAUGGAGCAGAUGGUGGAUCUUAUUAAGCGACUUAAAAACUGCGUUAGAUGGUUUAAGGUAGUUGAAGAAGGGUAUAUUAAAGAAAAAGAAAAGCUUCAGACAGAUCUAGAAUCUGCCGAGAAAAAAUGCGUUGAUACUGAGAAUGAGAUGAACAUGAAGAUAGCAGAAUUGAAUGAGGCUAUAUCAAAUUUGAGGAUGACAAUUUCCUCUUUAGAAGAGAAGAUUGCAAAGGAAGAAUCAGAUAAAUUGGAAGUGAUGGAAUGUUAUAGAAAAGAAAAAGAAGCCAGAAAUGAAGCUGAGCAGAUGCAAGUUUCUCUUUCAACUGAACUUGAGAGAGUUUGCAAUGCGAGAUCAGCUGCUGAGCGGCAGGCCACCGAAAAUGAAAACUUGUACAAUAGAUCAAAAGAGUAUAAUAUCAGUUUGCAGCAGUACAAUAGUAGCCUUCAGGCAAAUCUUGACGCAGCUAGUGCGGCACAAAAACGACUGGAAACUGAGAAAUCAAGUAUUGUUGAGAACCUUAGCAAUGUUAGAGGCCACAAUAAGGCAUUGCAAGAGCAGUUGGCAUCUCAUAAAGCUUCACAGGAAGAGGCUACAAAGGCAAAAGACAUGUUAGCUAAUGAACUCAAAUGCCUCCGAGAUGAACUAAAACAAAUAAGAGACGACCGUGAUCGCCAAUUGGGACAAGUACAAGCUUUAACUGGAGAGGUAGCAAAAUACAAAGAGUAUACAGGGAAAUCAAGUGAACAGUUGGGUACAUUGAUGGCUAAAACAAAUGCUCUCGAGGAGGUAUGUACUUCACAAAGGCAACAAAUAGAUAUGUUGCAGCAGCAGUUGAAUGCCGAAAAGGAGAAGUUAAAGAUGGCCGAUUUGUCUUUUUCGGAAACACAAACGGUGUUUGAAGACCAGAAAAGAACUAUAGGUCAACUACAAGAGAGACUGGCUGAAAAAGAGCUCCAAGUAAUUGAAGGAGAGACAUUACGUAAAAAAUUGCACAACACUAUUCUGGAAUUAAAAGGAAAUAUCCGUGUGUUCUGCCGUGUUCGACCUUUGCUACCAGAGGAUGGUCCUGCAGCAGACAUGGUAGUUACUUUCCCUUCAUCAACAGAAGCUCUUGGUCGAGGUGUUGAAUUGGCACAGAGCGGUCAGAAGUAUUCUUUUACAUUUGACAAAGUAUUUAAUCAGGAGGCUUCACAGCAGGAUGUUUUCACCGAGAUUUCUCAGCUAGUACAAAGCGCGCUUGAUGGGUACAAGGUUUGCAUUUUUGCUUAUGGACAAACAGGUUCUGGAAAAACCUAUACGAUGGUUGGCAGGCCUGGCCCUCCUGAGCUCAAAGGCUUGAUACCACGUUCACUUGAACAGAUAUUCCUCGUUAGUCAGUCUCUGAAAGAUCAAGGGUGGAAGUACACAAUGCAGGCCUCAGUACUUGAAAUAUACAACGAGACCAUAAGGGAUUUGUUAUCACCAACAGAAAAUCCUGGAAAGAAGUACAAUAUUAUACACGAUGCCAAUGGAAAAAACACAUAUGUUCCGGACCUAACUAUUGUGGAUGUUUGCGGUGCAGAUGAGAUUUCCGCCCUUUUAAAACAGGCUGCACAAAGCAGGUCAGUAGGAAGAACACAGAUGAAUGAACAAUCGUCGCGAAGUCACUUUGUCUUUACUCUGCGAAUUAGUGGUGUUAAUGAGAACACUGAACAACAGGUUCAAGGUGUGCUAAACCUGAUAGAUCUUGCUGGAAGUGAAAGGCUGUCGAAAAGUGGAGCAACUGGGGACCGCCUGAAUGAAACUAAGGCGAUAAACAAAAGUCUCUCCUGUUUGAGUGAUGUCAUUUUUGCCUUGGCAAAGAAAGAGGAUCAUGUCCCCUUCAGGAAUUCUAAACUGACAACCCUUCUCCAGCCAUGUCUUGGCGGAGAUUCUAAGACUUUGAUGUUUGUAAAUAUUUCACCCGAUCCAUCUUCAACUGGAGAGUCACUCUGCUCUCUUCGUUUUGCCGCGAGAGUAAAUAGUUGUGAGAUUGGUAUUCCUCGGCGCCAGACAUCCAUGAAGGCUUCUGAUUCUCGUUUGAGCUAUGGCUAAGCAAGGUCUGCUAGCAAAAUGGCAUAGCUCAGACCAUAACCAAAAUAUAUUGAGCUUGUAGUGAUAGAAGAAGUGUUGUGUUGUUCUAAGUAUGGUAAAUGUAAUUGUGUUAAGUUUUAGAGAAUUGAGCUUGUAGUGGAUUGGCUAUCACUAUAGCCUCAGCGGUGUUGUUGAUGCCCUGUAUCAUUUAGCUGUGAUAUGACAAAAUUUAUUUUAUUUGAGCAGCUUGUUGAUUGUAAUCUAUGUAAUAUCACAUAAUUUGAUUAAUUCUUGCAACUUCACAAGGUUGAUUGGAUGGCACGUCAACAGUUGUUAACAACAUGCUUUGGGUCAUGUAGAAUGCUGUUGAUUUAAUUACCA